CUAGCUAAUGUUUUGGCUUGUUUUCUUUGACAAAUUCUAAGAAAUAAUACUAUAUUGCACUCUUCUUCUAUGCAUUCUCACACUUUUACCCAUUUUGUUGCCGGCCUUCAUUUCUUGGUAUUGCUCACGUCUUUCACAAAACUUCUGUAAAAUAACAUUGGUUUUGGGUUUGGUUUGGUUUGUCUGUACAUUGAUCAAGAAAUUAGCAGCUAGCCAUGGCUGCUGCUUCUUCUUUCCGGUUGAGUUUCUGGUUCUUUCUUGUUUUCGUUAGUUCAAAAAUUUAUGUUAGUGUUUCUGUUACAGACCCUCUUGACGCUGCUACUUUACAAUCUUUGAAGGAUGCAUGGCAAAAUACGCCGCCGAGUUGGACUGGUGGCGAUCCGUGUGGAGUAAUUCCUUGGGAAGGAAUUACGUGCAAAGGGUCAAGAGUUACUCAAUUGGGGUUAUCAACCAUGAGCCUUAGAGGGAAGCUUACUGGUGAUAUUGGAGGAUUGUCUGAAUUAAUAUCCCUGGAUCUGUCAUACAAUCCAGAGCUCACAGGAUCUUUGACUCCGCGGUUAGGAGAUCUGAAAAAUUUGAACAUCCUAAUCCUUGCUGGUUGCGGCUUCACGGGUACUAUUCCAAGUGAGCUAGGAAAUCUUGCUCAGCUAUCCUUCUUGGCCCUGAACUCGAAUAACUUGUCUGGCACUAUACCUCCUUCUUUGGGUAAGCUUUCGAAUGUCUACUGGUUCGACCUGGCAGAAAAUGACCUGACAGGAUCUUUUCCGAUUUCAACACGCACCACUCCUGGCUUAGACCAACUUAAAAAGGCUAAGCACUUUCAUUUCAACAAGAACAAACUUUCAGGUCCUGUUCCGCCUCAACUUUUCAGUUCUGAUAUGGUUCUGAUACAUAUAUUAUUUGAUGGAAAUCAACUCACCGGAACAAUCCCAUCCACAAUCGGACUAAUCCAUACCCUUGAGGUUCUGAGACUCGAUAGAAAUGCAUUUUCAGGAAUAGUUCCAACAAACUUGAAUAAUCUUACAAAUCUUGUUGAAUUGCAUUUGGCAAAUAAUCAGCUGAGAGGUCCUUUACCAAACUUAACUGGAAUGAAUAGCCUCAGUUAUCUGGACCUUAGCAACAAUGCUUUUGAGGCGUCAGAAGCUCCUUUAUGGUUCUCAACCUUACCAUCACUGACAACAUUGGUAUUAGAACACGGAUCACUUCAAGGAACUUUUCCAUCUAAAGUUUUCAGUUUUCAACAGAUACAGCAAGUGUUAUUGAAAAACAAUUCGUUCAGCGGUCAGCUAGACAUGGGUGAAACCCUUGGUCCGCAGCUUCAACUUGUCGACAUGCAGAACAAUAAUGUUUCCUCUGUAACACUGACUUCUGAUUACACAAAUACACUAAUACUUAUAGGAAACCCAGUGUGCAGUGCUCAACCAAAUACUAACUACUGCCAACUCCAGCAGAAAACCAAGAAGCCCUAUUCCACUAGUCUGGCUAAUUGUGGGAAUACACAAUGUCCCGAUGGACAAAAGCUUAGUCCUCAGAGCUGCGAAUGUGCCGAUCCGUAUCAGGGGACAAUGUACUUCAGAGCACCCUCAUUCAAAGACUUAACAAAUGCGUCUUUGUUUCAUUCGCUAGAAAUGACCCUUUGGACAAAAUUGGACCUUACUCCGGGUUCAGUUUAUAUCCAAAACCCGUUCUUCAACGUCGAUGACUAUCUCCAGGUGGAAGUUGCACUGUUUCCUCCUACCGGCGUGGCUUUCAAUAGGACUGCUGUUAUAAGGAUGGGUUUUUACUUGAGUAAUCAAACCUACAAGCCUCCUGAAGAUUUUGGACCCUAUCUUUUUAUCGCAUCUCCUUAUCCUUUUCCAGAUGCACAUAAAGGAAAUUCUAUCAGCUCCGGUGCGAUUGCUGGGAUAGCUGUUGGAUGUUCCCUUCUAGUUCUUUGCCUUUUUGGAGUUGGCAUAUAUGCAAUUCGACAAAAGAAACGUGCAGAAAAGGCGAUGGGAUUAAGUAGACCAUUCGCAUCGUGGGCUCCAGGCGACAAAGAUAGCGGAGGUGCACCUCAGCUGAAGGGAGCACGGUGGUUUUCUUAUGAUGAACUGAAGAAGUGCACUCGUAAUUUCUCCGACAAUAAUGAGAUAGGUUCUGGAGGAUACGGGAAGGUUUAUAGAGGAAUGCUUCCAGAAGGACAAGUAAUGGCAAUCAAGAGAGCUCAGCAGGGAUCAAUGCAAGGCGGGCUCGAGUUCAAAACUGAAAUUGAGUUGCUAUCAAGAGUUCACCACAAGAACCUUGUUGGCCUUGUGGGUUUUUGCUUUGAACAAGGAGAGCAGAUGCUGGUUUAUGAAUAUAUGGCCAAUGGAACCCUCAGGGAAAGCCUGUCAGGAAGGUCUGGUAUUCAUCUUGAUUGGAAAAGAAGACUGCGCGUUGCUCUUGGAUCGGCUCGAGGCCUAACUUACUUACAUGAGCUUGCAGAUCCUCCUAUAAUCCACAGAGAUGUAAAGUCCACCAACAUUCUGCUGGAUGAGAAUUUAACUGCAAAAGUUGCAGAUUUCGGCCUGUCUAAGCUCGUAUCAGACAGCGCUAAAGGGCAUGUUUCAACCCAAGUUAAGGGCACCCUGGGCUAUCUAGAUCCAGAAUACUAUAUGACUCAACAAUUAACAGACAAGAGCGAUGUCUAUAGCUUCGGAGUAGUAAUGCUCGAGCUUAUAACAGCAAAACAACCAAUUGUGAAAGGUAAGUACAUAGUUCGAGAAGUACGAAUGGCAAUAAACAAGAACGACGAAGAAUUCUACGGAUUACGAGAAAUAAUGGAUCCAGCAAUAAAAAACACAGGAACUCUCGCCGGGUUCGGGAAGUUUGUGGAGUUAGCAAUGCAAUGUGUAGAAGAAUCAGCUGCAGAAAGACCAACAAUGAGUGAAAUAGUAAAAAUAAUCGAAACUAUAUUGCAAAAUGAUGGCAUGAAUACAAAUUCAACAUCAGCUUCUUCUUCUGCAACAGAUUUUGGAGCUUCAAGAAAUCCAAAUAGGCACCUUUAUAACAAUAGUAAUAAUAAUAGUAAUGAUCAUCUGCCUAAAAAAGAUAGUUUCACUGCCUUUGAUUAUAGUGGAGGUUACUCAGUUCCAGUAAAACUUGAGCCUAAGUAGCAGAUUUUUCUGCUAUAAUUCUUGGAAAUUCUUUUUCAUUACAUUUCUUGAAUAGGAUUUUUUUUUAUUUUGCUAAUUAAAAAUUGUUUUGAUAGGAUUCGUCUGAUAAUUUUAAUAGUAUAUUAAUUGUAAUAGCUAUACAGAUUAAUAAGGAGUGUGAGAUUUUGUGUUGUAAUUAAAUACUACUACGUACUUAUGAAAAUAUUGAGACCUGUAACUUGUAA